UUGAAGGGCUGGUUGAAUUGUUGAAGAAUACACAAACAACUUUCCACUGAAGCACACUGAACUAACUGAAGUCAAUCUUGAAAUGAGAUAAUGAAAUUUCAUUUUGUGGGUGGUUUGGACUGUCCGGAUUGGAUCCUUGCUGAGACGGCAUCUUUAUCGAAACUUCCUGUAUUAAAAUUCAAAAAUUGGUGUUCGAGCUGUGUGGAGUGUCUGAUCAAUGGUAGGACUGAAUGGAAUGAUGAACAUCUAACAAUCCUCAAUGCUGAUAAAACUUUUGAUGAUGAAUCAGUGAAAGGGAUGUUGGCAGCACUUAUAUUCAUAUUGGAAAAAACCACGAAAAAUGCAUGUCCAGCUCGAGAUCUUGAACUUGAAAUGCAACAGCUAGGUCUUCCUGCAGAACACUGCAAGCAGUUGACAAAGGUUUAUGCGAUGAAUUUGGAAAAAUUAAAAAGUGCUUUAUUGCUCAAUUUUCCUCGUGCACCAUCUCUUGCGAUUUCUUCAGUGGAUGCCAAGGAAGGAGGAAAUGGAAAGGUAUAUAUAAUGAAUAUACGUUCAAGUAACCAGGAAGAUAUAUCAAUAGCGUUGAACGAUGCGAAACUGAACUACUUGGUGCAAGAAUUAUCGAGAGCAAUGGAUAUUAUUCGACCGUUCGUUCGAAAUACCGCAAGUGGUACUCAUUGAUCUUUAGAACUUUUAUUUACUAAUAUGGAAUUGCUUAAGAAUUGUUAUAGUUACGCAUGUCUGUACCAGAUUGCUAAUAUAUUAUUGCAAUUAUCAUCCUUGCAGUAUUAUGUAACAGUGUUUAAGUAAGAGGCGAACUUGUCCACAUCUCCGGUUUUUCCGUUAUCAUUUUUUAAAAUUUUAUGCAAUUAGCAUCAGCAACUUUCAGCUAAAUCCAUUUUUUUUU